AUGGAGGCGUCAGCGUCGCGGCCUCGGUCGUCGCACCGGAUGAAUGCUCCAGAGCGUCGUCGUGAAGCUGUUACUCGUAAGUCCAAGUACAAUAACACAGGUUUAGAUGUGGAAGCGUUUGCUCGUCGUACUAAGUUUUUACGUGAGGUAUUCCUGGAUCCCGAGAGGAGACACUUGCAUCAAUGGACGGCUACGGAGAAGAAGAUUUUGGCGCUCGACUGGUUCCAUAACCCAUCGUUGUAUAGAAAAUGGACCCCUGGUGAAUCGGAAGAUAUGGCCAGUCGUUUAUAUUCCAAUCUUGUUUUUAACUAUAGCCAUCUUGCAAUGAUAAAUGUAGGUUCUACUGUGAUCCUCUGUCGUUUAAUAAACGAAUUUGUGAACAUUUCGGGGAACUACCAGCUGUUUUUCAUGGUAGUACGUAGUGAGAUCGGUGAGCAACAGAUGCAAGAUAUGCUUCGAGUCGGCCUUAUUUGGCGCGGCGAGCAGACGUCAGAGACGCUGGCUGGUACCAAGACCCUGGUAUACACAGCGCCAAAGAGUGAAGAUUUUCAAUGCUUAUCAGAAGGGAUCAGUUUUAACAUCCAUUCGUUUACAAUUGAGGAGUUGCGUAUCUACAACGCAUGCGAAUCAUGCCAAGAUAGAAAGACUGAGUUACGUACUAGGUUAUGUCUACCUGAAGUGCGUUUUAAGUCCCAUGUGGCCGGGUUAGAGGUUACGUCAGCAAUAGUUGAGAGCCGUCGUAACUAUCUGGCCGCGGUACAGAAAGUUGAUGGGACUGUCCACAUUAUCGACAUGACCAAAAUGCUGCAGGUUACGCUUGAUUUGGUACACAAGUGGAAAAUAUUACACGAUAAGUAUGUAAAGCGUUGUUCUGAUUUCCGUGAGAAAUUGGAGUCUUCAUGGGACCCGACUAGUAAUACCAAGUCCCAGCGGUAUAAGUCUGUGACAUCUUCAGGGAAACCCAUACAAUACUGUACAGGAUGUCUAUUGGGUGACGAUGAACUAAAGGCUCUAGAUGCUUUGCGUCAACAGGCAACUGAGUUUACCUUACCUUCUCAUCCCAUUACUUGCAAGGGCCUUGACGUGACGGAUACGCCAUACAAGGGUGUGCCUAUCCGUCGUUUAUCUCUGGAGACCACCUUAUCCUUUAUAUACACCUCCAUUGAGAAUCUGAAGGUGAUUGUGCCGAUGUACGUGGCAGCACUUGGUGCUACUCGUAUUUGUUUAUGGCGUAUCGGUGAUGUGAACGAUGCGGGCGUUCGUGAGCCCUUUAUGGUGAUGGAAUUCCCUGAGGGAAGUCGUCCUACUGAUGUUACUGCCACGCUGGGUAUAGCAAAGGACUACGUCAGUUUGUUGUCUAACAAGUUCCUCCACGAGCCUCAGCUGUAUGCAAGUGAUGACUCUGGAUUUUUACGUAUGUGGACACUUGGAGCAUCAUCUUGCGAUGCGUCUGUGAAAAUCGAUACCCAUCCCCUGCUUUCUGUGGAUGUCAAUAUGAUGUACCCGAAUAUGAUAGCUAUUGGUGUGGAGACAGGUAAAAUAAAGUUGUACAAUAUCUGGAAGCAAUGUAUGACAGUGGAGGGUCAUCCUCCGGAGGUUGAUUUCGUGCGCAUGACAACUGUGCCGAGUUAUCUCCCUCACAAUGUCUACGAGUACUUGAGUUGGUAUCACCCGGUUGUUAAGGUUAAAUGGGUUAACGCCACUAUGGUGAUGGCUCAAUAUGCGGAGCCUUUAUUUGUGCGUGAGUCUGCAAAUGUAUCUACGGUUGCUAUAUGGAACCUCGCUAAGGAUAUAUUUGAUCGUAACGAUGCGAUACUGUGUAAUCGUUCUUGGGCUCAGGAUAUGACGCAUACAUGGCAUUUGGCAUCGCGUUUGGUAUGUCUACACGGUGGUCAUUAUGGUAGUUUGGGUGGUGUAAUAUCGUCAGAUUGUCGUUGGUCACCUGAGCAUGGUUUGAUAGCUAUAAGUUCGGAUGCUACUGGUCAGUUACAUGUUUAUAAGCCUGGUAUUUGGGCAUGGACUGAUUACGAUGAUGCCUUAUGUUUAGCCCGUUUCCGUGGUGAUGCUGAUUUCCAUUCUAAAAUUUACGAGCGUGUUAGCAAGGAGCAUGAGACGUUGAUGAAACGUAGUGCUGGUGACGUUAUGGCAUCAUCUGAUUUGCGUAAACACCGUGCAAAAUUUGCAGAGUUUAUGGAAGUUGCCAAUCGUGAGUUACGAUUAAUAGAAUCUCAGAAGACGCUAAAGAAUGAUUUUAGUAGUCUUCCUGUUUGGGCUAAGCACACGCUUAAGCUGAAUACUAAUUGCGAACGUUUGAUGAAGCAGAUCCAGAAGAAUCUUCGCGAUUGCGAACUAAUGGAACACAGUACAUCGCAUAACCCAGUCGAGCGUUGA